AUGAAUCUGACCGUUAGUCCUCGGAGUUUCAGAGCUUCACUGUUAGAGAGGUUUGAGAACUCCGGUAUUCUAAAAACACCUCCACGGCAUUCCCCACAACAACAACAAGAAAAAGAAAAAGAAGAAGGAACUCAGAGAAAAGGACGAAAAGGUGAAAAUGUUGUUAUUGAAAAUAGUAGCCUUCUCGGAAGAUUCUUUGAUCCUGUAGAUAUAGAUGCAUCACGAAGUACGAAUACAACAGAAACAAAAAGAAUAAAAAGAAUGACAGGAAGCAAUAGAGAGGAAAAUGGAUUAAUGAAUAGCAACUCCCGUUCUUUAAUAAUAAACUUUAUUGAUGAGUGUGUAGCUAAUAAUGUUCCUGAGUCUCUUAUAGUGGAACAUGUUCUCUUUAUGAUUGAUGCUAUGCAGGAACAGAUUAGUAUGACAGAGGCAAUGCAUGCUCGAUUUCAAUACGAUCGUUUACGAGAAUAUGAAUUGUCAGAACUAACGAAUAUGAUUGAGCGUCAACAAGUAUAUUAUGAUCAAAAACAGCAAGAACAAGAGACUCUGCAUACACGUGAUAUUGAAAGAGAAAUGAUGAAAGAAGGAAUACGUAGAAAUCAAACACCUUUAUUCACUCACACAUUAGAGGAUAGAGAAACUCUCCUUGGUGAUAUUCCUUCGCAGAGAAAUAAAAUACAUGCCGGUCUCUCUGGUUCUUCCUCCGCUACUGCUUUAAUGACAAGUGUUGAACCGCAUGGAAUAAGAAGAAGACCUGUUGGUCAAUCUUCUUUGCAUACGAAUAGCGGUCGAAGUGUUCGAGUAGCUUUUACACAAACCCCACAUGAAGAGAGUGAAAAGGAAGUUUCCUCACGAUCUUCUCGAGGAAUUACACGAACAACAUUUCAACACUUUAUGUGUCCCACAGAUGCCAGUAAUAGAAAAGAAAGACGAAAAUAUACACCUGUUUCUUCAGAGCCGCAAUGGAAAACACGAUCACAAGAAGGAUCUGUCUACAGUGAUGCCUCCUCCUCACGGCGGCUUUCACGUCCAAGUCAAACUAUUAAGAAAACAACAAUAGCACCAACAGCAACAACAACAAUAAGAAGAACAGGAAUAACAACAACAAAAACACGAGCAGAAAAAACAGCAGAUGCAGCAUGGCGAGGUCGUCAACGUCUUUUAGAUGGAACGGGAAUUAGUUUUACUGGAAGUUCAACUUGGUCGGAUGAGGAUGAGGAUGAUGCACCUUUACCAUUAAACUAUCGUAGUAACAGUUCCCAUCUUAGAGAGACUUCUCAAUACCAUCAUCCACAAGAAAAGAAAAUUCAACAACAACAACAACAACAACAACAAGAUCAACGGCCACCACUGCGUAUGCACCAGCAGAAGAGUACAUCACCAUCUAGAGAUGUUUCUACUGGAUUAAUGCAUCCAUUAUCGUCCCCACAACGUGUGGGUACCGAAUCAGAAAUAUUAGAUCAUGGCAUUCAUUCUGCUAAAAAGGAUGAAACGUCAACAACAUGGAUAGAUACACAAAAUGUUACUUCUACUCUUCCUUUAGCUUCUCUAUUAUCCGUUCAAAAUCCAUCUCUUUAUCCAAGUCCUCAUUUACAGGAGUAUAUCGAACAAAGUGAACGUAAGGUACGAGAGGUGGAACGUGUCUUGGCAAGUAUACCCGGAAAUAAGAUUGAUUUUCAACGAUUUGGGAAUCACAAUAUGACACAUUCACCUCUUUCCGCUGAUGUUUCUGACCUUUCAGAUGACUAG